UCAUAGCACGACACAGCCUGUAGGUGGGAAUAUGAGUUCGCCUCUAUGCACAUUUUUCUUAAAAUUAAAAGCGUUACUAUACGUCUUGUUGUGUUCAAUGUAAUUCCAAAGUUAGAUGCUGUGUGUCAUAUGCAUAACAAUUGCAAAAGUUCGUGCGUCACAGCCCGCGAGGUGUGUUGAAAUCAUCAGGCUAAUCAGGAAAAGUUCACUCUGCCUAUUGUUUGCUAGCAUGCUAUCACGUUAGCCGGCGGUAGAUCUGACCAGAAACAAAGUGAUUUACUUUAGUUUUCGAGGCUACAUUCACAGCCAUUGAAAGAACACUUUUAUGUGAGAUUAGUUGGUUAUACAUCGCUUAGUGGUAAGACACGAGCCCGUUUGUUUUCCUCCAGCUGUUUUAUUAAUCUGUAACCUGUUCAGAACCAACAACAAAAUGCCAGAAAUCCAACUCAAACACGUCGUGUCCUGCAGCACCGAGGACACUACCCACAAGGCAGACAACCUGCUGAGCUCCGACACCUACAGAAAGUGGAAAGCAGCGCGGCCCGGGGAGAAGCAGAUAUCGGUCAUUCUGCAGCUCGAGAAGGAGGAGCAGGUGCACAGCAUCGAUAUUGGAAAUGAAGGGUCGGCUUUCAUCGAGGUGCUGGUGGGCAAUUCUUCAGCUGUCAGAGACCAGGACUAUGAGGUUCUUUUGGUUACGUCUUCCUUCAUGUCGCCCACGGAGAGCCGUAACGGCACCAACAUGAACCGGGUGCGUUUCUUUGGGCCCCACCAGCUGCAGAAGAGCACGGCACAGGAAAAGUGGGACCGAGUGAAAAUUGUGUGUAGCCAGCCAUACAGCAAGAACAUAGCAUACGGACUGGCCUUUGUUAAGUUCCAUUCGCCGCCUGACAAAAGUGAUCCUCCUCCAGCAUCCUCCCCGAAACUGACAAAGUUGGGACAGUUCAGGGUGAAGGACGAGUCUCCUUCAGACAGUCCCAGCCUUCAGCCAGGCAGUCUCUUCUUCAGUCGGGACAAUGCAACAAAGUCCAGUACUGCACUCAAAGUGUCUCCACAGAGCGAGAGGUUGAGUUACGCUGCUGCUGCCCUGCAGGCGGGCGGCAGCGCCCACUCAUCAGGCCAAGCUUCCUCCUCCAGCUCUGCCUCACCACAGACACCAGCAAAAAGAAAAUUUGAGUUCAGCAAAGAGCGCCAGUCUUCCUCCGGCCCUCCACCCUCAAAGAAAACCAGCCCGGCUGGCUCACCUGAGGGCAAAGCCGCGACCCCCAAACCCAAGCCCAGCCCGGCCGGCACACCGAGCCCCGGCACCGCCAAAGCUUCCCCGGCACAGAAGUCUGCCGACAAGAAGCGGGAGAGCCAAUCCAAACCCGAACCGAAACCCAAACAGCAGAAAGCCGGCGGGCAGCAGGUCCCAUUCAAACGGAUAAUGGACGGGGUGGUGUUUGUCCUCAGCGGCUUCCAAAACCCCUUCAGAGGGGAGCUGAGGGAAAAGGCUCUGGACAUGGGAGGUAAAUACCGACCCGACUGGACACCCGGCGCCACACACCUCAUCUGUGCCUUCGCUAACACGCCCAAGUACAGCCAGGUGAAAUCAGCAGGGGGCACCAUCGUACGGAAGGAGUGGGUGAUGGACUGCCAUAAGAGGAAACAGAAGCUCCCCUACAAACGGUAUUUGAUGGAUGGAGCAGAGUCGAGCUCGGACAGUGAAAUGGAAGUGGACGACCAGAGUGAAGAGGAAAUGAACACAAAGACUCCACAGAAGCAUGAGAGACAAGCGACCCCCAAAAAGACACCAGAGAAGAGGGAUGAAGAUGACGAGUAUGCCGGCUCCACUGAUGUGGAAGAAGCAGGACGCGGUGACGACGAUUCUGCCGUGGACACGGAGGACGAGCUGCUGAGGGUGGAGAAUGAGAGCAGACAGAAGAAAGCAGCAGCAGAAGUGAAGAUGGUGAAGCAGGAGGAUCCAUACGGGGGGUCGACAGAUGAAAACACAGACGCCGAGGCUGAAGAGGACCACCCUAUCCCUGAGCUGCCAGACUUCCUGAGCGGAAAGCACUUUUUCCUCUACGGUAAAUUCCCCAACAACGAGAGGCGCCUGCUGUUGCGUUACAUCGUUGCCUUUAACGGGCUGAUUGAGGACUACAUGGCGGAGAAGGUGCAGUUCGUGGUGACCAGUGAAGGGUGGCACGACUCCUUUGAAGACGCGCUGAUGGAGAACGGCAAUCUGAACUUCGUCAAGCCAGCAUGGAUUUACGCAAUCAAUGAACGACAGAAGAUACUGCCCUAUCAACCCUACUCGGUCGUCCCCUGAACAACGCGCCGGAUGUACACGCGCAGGUGUGCACAGACACACUUUACACUUCAUACCCUGACCGAUGGGGGAAGGCCACAGACACAUUUAU